AUGUCUGACACUUCAACAACCACAACAUCCUUGUUAGUGAUCGGUGCUGGCCUCCCAAGAACUGGAACAAAAAGUAUGAAACAAGCAUUGGAAAUACUUUAUUCAAAACCAUGUUAUCAUAUGGUUGAAAUUGUGACCAAAAAACAUGACGAUAUUGAGAAAUGGCAAAAGUUAUUUGAUGAAGCAUUUCAAACUAUACCAAAUGAAUCAGUGAUACGCAGAGGUUUAAUGGAAAUAUUGAAUGGUUAUGGAGCAGUGACAGACGUUCCAGCAUGUGGAUUCUAUCAAGAAUUAAUGAAUAUUUAUCCUGAUGCUAAGGUUGUACUAACCAUACGUGAUAAAUAUGAUUGGUUAUCUAGUGUACGACAUUCUGUAAUGCCCAAAUCCAAUGAUCCACAGAAACAAACCUUCGAUGAUGCAAAACAAGCAUUAUCAUUCGGUCAAGAAGCAGAAAAAAUGAUUAUGUCUUCAUUAAAACAAACAUUUCAUAAAUACGAUUUGAACAUUGACGAUGAUCAAUUUCUACUGACAUGUUUUGAUGAAUAUAAUAAGAGGGUACAAGAAACUGUCCCACCCGAACGUCUCCUCAUUCAUAAAUUUGGUGAUGGUUGGGAACCGCUGUGUAAAUUCCUCAAUAUGGAUAUACCAAAUGGAGUAGUUUAUCCUCAUGUGAAUAGUCGUAGUCAAGUCAAUGAACUUUUUGACUUAAUUAAAACACAUGCACCAUCAGAGAAGCUGGCAGAAAUUUUUCCAGAAUUUCAUGGAACCAAAUUUGAAAAUUAA